UGAAAUGUAAAGAACACGAAUGUAAUCGUGUCCAUAAAAAUCGACGAAUAUCAUUAAAAUCAAGUGAAAUUUUCCAUAAAUCUAAGAAGAAUAAAGUAAUUCAGUGCUCUGGUUCAAAGUUUUUCGCAGUAGAUGAAAUUGUGAAUACUUCAAAGUCAUUCAGUGAUGUAGUUGAAUAAACAUUUGAAAAUUGAACUCUUUAGCGAUUCUCUUCAAAUUGUAAAAUAGAAUAAGUUUAUAUUUAAGAAAUUUGUCAAGUAUGGGAUAUGAAAAGAUGAAUAUUUUUGAAUGAUUUUCUUGAAAUUGUAAAUUAUUGUUUAUGAAAUUUAUCAAGUAUGGAUGACAAAAUGAACAGAGAUAGAUCUCCCCAAUUGCAUAAUUUGAAUGAACAAGAUCAAAGUGUAGUGUCGCGUGUUCUUCAAAUUGAAAGGCAACGUGCAGAAUCUGAAACUAAUGAAUCAUGUGCUCAAGUGCAAUUUCAAUCAGUGUUUCAACAAUUUCGACCAUUAUUACCGUCCAAUCAACAACAGUGUAAAGUGCCUCAACAAUUUCGACCAGUGUUACCGAGCCAUCGAAAACAAUAUAAAGAUAUUCCUUCAAGAUCAAAAAAAAGUGCAGUGUUUUCGUCAUUUAAACCUUUAUUUCCGCGUAAUCAAAAUCAAUAUGAAACUGGUGCUUCUACUUCAAAGGAAUCAAUUCACCGACCCGAACAACGAGAAUUUCUUGUGGAAAACGAUGACACUCGAAUGUCAUUUACAACUGAUGACGAACCGUCUACAUAUAAUAUCGCUGAAAGCUGUGCUUCAACUUCUUGGCAGCACAAUCUUGGUUUAUUGGACAUUGAUUCUACAACUGGGAAUUACAGUGAUAACAGCAACAUUGAACACAUGGAUGUAGAUUCAGGGGAAAAUAAUCAAGCGCCACAAGAAGAUUCUCGACAAAGUCCAAUUCCAAAAAAACGAUAUAAAUUAAGCGAAUUUCAGGAAAAACACAUUGAUAAUGCCCGUGAACCACAACCCUCAACUAGUAGGCAGGCAGACCUAAGCGAUUUGAAGCAAUUGAAAGAAGUUGAAUUUAAAAUACCAGCAGAACCCGAUAUAAAGAGAAAAAAAAAGAAAGCAGAAGAAAAUGUCGUAUCGCAAUCAAAGUUUACAAUUAAAACAGGGUUUAACGAAACCUUUUGUCCUGAUAAUGAUAUGCGUCAGUUGAUAACUGACAAGGCAAAAUUAAUAUCGCGAAUGUUUGUUUUAAUUACAAUCUUUGUAAAUUUUGCUUUGAGGCAUCCAACCAAAGAUUAUCUUCGUAAUCUUUGGAGUGCAAAAGGUCCAGAUUAUGUAACAAUAACCUAUUUGUUUAAACAGAAACUGGGGAAAACAAAUAAAACUGAAAUACUGGACCAAUUAAAGAAGCAAUUUGUUCAAGAAUUUAUUGAAUAUAUGGGUAGACCAUUCGAGAAAUUCGACUGCGUAAAUUUAACUCCAACAAUUAACGAGAUGGCUGAACAAUUAAACGUUAAUUUUAAAACAAAUUUAACUCAUCACGCUCGCAGUCGACUAGCAAAAUUUUUUGAAAUGGAAUUGUUUAAAAAUGAAGAAAAGAGCGAAACAUAUGAAGAGCACCGAAAAAAACAAGAAGCUAAACGUGAAGAAACCAAAAAGAAGCGCAAAAAAAAGAACAAGAAGAAACGGUCCCGAUGGAAAAGAAAGAAAAAAAAGGGGAAAGAAGCAUCAAGAAGAAUGCGUCGUGUAAGGCAUGAACGGUUAAUGAAAAAAUAUCCCGAAAAAAUAAAGAGAGAUAAACAUAUAUUCAAUCUACUGCGAAAUAAAAAAAGAAGUUAUCGGAUUUUACAAAGGAAAUGUUUUUACGAUGCAACGAAUACAACGCGGCGAAAUCGUGGAAAAAAGAUGAGUAAAGAGGAAAAAUGGAAACAAAAAGGAAAAUCAAAAAAUACUUCAUCUCAUCAACGCAACGACAAAGACAACGAAACAAAUCCAACGAAAAUAAACAACGACAAAGACAACGAAACAAAGAUGUAUGAUAAAUUAAAAAUUAUUAAAAACCUCGUAGACGAACUUCUUCUUGAAAACAAAUGUGAAAAUAAAACAUUAAAUAAGAUGAAUGAAGAAAAUUUAAAUUUUCAAAACAUCGAUAAUCCUGACGAUUGCCAUAAAUUCCUCAAUUUUUUCCACCGAUUACAAUUAUAUUUCGCAAAAAAAAAAUGCAAAAGUUUUAAUAUUGUUCCAGUUAUGAAUUGCGGUUUGAAAUAUGUAACUAUCACGAAUUCCGCUUUGUUUGAAUUGGAGAGGGAAUUAAAAAAAAUAAAAGGAAAAACUUACGUUGUCAGAAAUCCCGUUCCUGUUAAAACUGAAGGUUUAUCACAUUCAGAAAUUAGGAAAAAGAUCACAGCCGAGGAAGAACUCCAUCGAAAUAAAAUGACACCUUUAAAAGCGAAAUCAAAUUCUCUUACUGAAGAUAAAAAAAAAUUGACUAAUGAAAUUAAAGCCUUAAAGAGGAAAAAAAAUUGUAACGAGGCAAAAAAGGAAUUGUCAAACCUGCAAGUUAAAUUGAGGAAACUUAAUGAUGAUUUGAAAACGAUUAACGAGGAUGAGAAAAAAGUAAGACAAGAUCAUGAUGAAAUUUUGGGGAAGAGACACGAAAACAAAUAUAAGGAAAAUGCUAAUCGAUGGACUCGACUGUUUAAUAUUUCUCAUUUGCGAAUAAAUGAGGAAAAGAUGAAAUUUUCGGGCACCAUUAUGACGGAUGGAAUAGGUGUGUCUGUGAUUUUUAAUUUAAAUCAACCUAAGAAGCAGGAAAAUUUUUCAAUUCCAAAAAAUCCAAUUUUAAAUGAGGAGAAAUUGGAAAAUUUCCAUCUCUUAAAGGGACUUGAUCCUGGCUUAAAAUUUUGUUUUGGAGGUGUCGAGCGUGAAGUCAACGGUGAGUUUGAUAUUAAUUCCGAUGAUAGACACAUCAAAAUCAAAUCUUCAUCAUUUCGAUGGCUCACCGGUCAGAAUAGAAGAAGAGAAAUUCUUCAAAAACAUGUUCCGCAAAAUUAUCACCAACAAUUACUGGAAAGAGAAGAAUUCAAGGGUAAAGUCAACAACAAAGAUCCACGUUUAAUAGUAACAACAACAAAAUUCCUUUUAAGAGAAUUUUACGACACUCAACCAAUUUUGGAAAAAAGAAAAGUUGCUCGUCUUAAAUGGGACAAGUACAUGUCAGUCCGGCGAGAAACAAAUUUACUGGCAAACUACAUAAUCGGUGAUGAAAAUAAAAAACAAUUAAUUGUCGUAGGACAGCCAGACAUUCCCCCCUGGUUAAAAGGACAUGUGCGAAUGUCCUUGCGUGCAGUGGUUAAGCGGUUAAUUGAAAAGCAACAUAAAUCGAAAAAUUUAUCCGUUGUUUUCGUCAAUGAGCACCGCACUACCGUCAUGUGCAGCAAGUGCAAUGUUCGCGUCAAAAUAUUCCGCAAUCGGACAACUUAUUGUUCAACGUGCAAAACAAGAUGGAAUCGUGAUGUUAAUGCGGGUAGAAACAUUUUACAUUUAGGAUUAGUAAAAACUGGAUUAAUCGAAAAAGAAUGUCUACCACAUUGGGAGAUGUUUAAUGCCCUUACGGCUUCAGUCGAUUAACUUUGUUAAUUGGGGAAGAUCUAUAUUAGGCAGAUCUCUUCACUUGUGACGUCAGAGUCGUUUCAAGAUCUGACGUCACACGCAAACUCGAAAUAUAUCGACAUUUAUCGGCUUCCUCACUUUCGAUGGGAAGUUCAUGCCUGAAAAGGCGAACUGAGAUACCAAACGUCCCCAAACGCAAGCGCACUUACGUUUGGGGACGGUCGUUGGCAUCUUUGGCUCUAAGAGUUCGAAUGUUGACACAAGUUGCUAUUAAAAUAUUAAAAUAAUUGUUUAAAAUGCUUAGGAAUUAAUUUUAUUAUUGUGAAAUAAUUGCGAAUCAUUCAGUAUAUUUUAUUUAUUACAUAGUUAUUAGAAAUUAACUAUAAAAA